AUGACACAGGAAAAGCAUGACAAAGACACUGAUUUCAAUCGCGACUUUUACUGCAAGUCCAUUGUGUACAAAGGUGUAUUCACAGCAACCGACCGUGUUAAUUGUCUAUUACCAAUCAAUGGGGGUGAGCACCUGUUGAUUGGCGCGUACAGUGGAGUUUAUUUGAUCGAUCAAAGACCUAGCAAUGACAAUAUCGAGCCGUGGCGAAUUCUCCUAACCUUCGGCGUUACCCAGUUGGACAUUUUGGAAGAGCAUCGCCUGUUUAUGGUCCUAUCCAACGGAACACUAAAUACGUAUCCGCUUGAAGUCCUCACGAAUGCUAUUGAACAUGAAGAAUACGUGGUUUGUAGACCAUGGAAAAUUCAAGAUAAUGUUCGUUUCACAGAAAAACUACCUUCGACCUUUACACGUUAUACGGCUUAA